GUGCGGUGCUGUGCAUGUAAUGCACAUGUGUACACUUCGGGCCGAUAACAGACGGACGGAUUAAAGACUGCGGUCAACUUACCUUUCUUUGGAAACCACGUAACUUCAACUAAUGCACAAGCGAUCCAGAUGCUGCGUCAGUGAGGAAAAACGGAAUUGAUCUUUCAGCAGACGACCUUUUGUAGAUCUGUUUGCCAAUGUCUUGAAGUAAUUUCAGCUUUAACUCUGUUCAUUUGCCUAAGUGUCGUGUGUAAUGAUGCCCGCGCAGAAGAAAAUGCGACCCCCAAAGCACCUGGAGAAGAUGCUGUUUAUCAAUCACAAAGAAGACCAAUCUUUGCAAGACCGGUUGGCAAGAAUACACCUGCGGUCUAGACUUCGGGAAAUAGAGUUAGACCGGGAACGGAUUAAGGUUAGGGAUGAACUCAGAGAUUCCAAAAGAAAGCAAAUUCCUAUUGACAAUGUCCUCGCUAGACAAGAUACGAUGACGUCACGUCCUUCAAUGACGUCAAGGAAACCAACACGACUUUCGGUGACUUCUGAUCCACGAUUUCCUCAGGACGAGGACGGUCCGAACGCUUAUCUUCUUGGAGAGUUUAAGAGAAUGUCGGAGGUCAUUCCCACUAUUCUUCUAACGCUGUCUGCAAAGGACGACAAAAACAAACCGAAAUCUGGUUCGAGAUACAGACCAGAGCAUGCAAAAACACAAUCAAAGAUUAAUUCUAUACAAGAUUACGAGCCUGACCUCCAUCGCAUCACAAAACUAGCUCGUACUGUGAAAACUCUUAGACAUAACAUGGCCAUCAAUAAGAAAUUAGAAUUUACACGGCCAACAGUUUCGUUGGCGAAAAUGUUCAAAGAAAUAUAUGAGAAAGAGCAUGAUUUGGACCAAUACACUGAUGGCGCAUGCGUUUUAUUGAAAAGGAAAAUGGAGAAACGGCGCCGGGGACCUUUGCCUCAACUUGAUCAACCAAUAAGGCGACGUCAUUCAGCUUAUGAGUUCUCCACAACAGAAAAACUCAAUGAUAGCAGCACCGGAACCGGAAGUGAUGUCCGGGAAAGUGUAUUUCCACCUCAUGGUAGACAUUCCGCUGUGCUUCCCGCCCUGAAGAGGACGCCGAGUGUUGCCAAUUUGCCACGGAUGACCAGGAGUAUGUCAAGUCUGAGUGUCCUUGGUGUCCGACCGUCCGAGAGUCCGGACACAAAACUAUUUAUUGGCGAGGAUGAACUUGUCAUGCGCAAGAGAGUUGCGUUCGAAUUACACAGAUAUGAACGGUUGAGAGAGAAAGUGGACAGAUUUCUUAUUCCCUCAAAAGCUAUUACCGAAGUAUCUGACGAAGCAGCUGUCACUUGAUAUAAGGGGUAGCCAUUUAAGAAUAUAUGCUGCCUAACCGCAAAACGAAUCUCCCUUUCCAAAAAAAGUGCCACACUGAAAAUUAUGUCAAAUAUGAAUGAUAAUUUCGACAAUGUUCAAUGUUUCGAAAAGUACACAAGAAUUAACGACACAUUUAAAGGUACACAACAAUGUUUGAAAGGUACACAAAAACUGAUGAUACCGUUGACAGAUACACAAGAAUUGAUGACACAUUUGAAAGGUAUAAGACGUUUGAAACGUACACAAGAAUUGAUGACGCGUCUGAAAGGUAAACAAAAAGUGAUGACCCAUUUGAAUGGCAUGCAAGAAGGGAUGACAAACAAACCAUUCAGCAUUAUUAGGCAUUGAAACUAUUAAAACUAUUAUUACAUACGUAAACAUGUAGCAUUUUCGAGAAACAUUGAAACAAUUGUCUCCAUUAGCAUGAAACUACAUGAUAACUUCAGGGGGGUGAUACAGUGAUCAUUGGUAAAAAAUGGCUCUUUUUUUUCAGAUAUGAAAUUCAAGAGCAAUGAGUCCCGUAACGCAAAGUUGUGUGCUCACUUGUUACAUUUGUAAACAAAUAAUUCACAAAAUCAUGUUUUUUCCCAAAAAAUGUUUUUUUAAGAAGAAAAUGAGUGUUUUUGUAAUUGUUUACGGUUGCGUCACUCUAGCUUUUUAUUUCAUGACAAAAUAUAACUAGAUAUAUUUACGAAACUCUAUUUAAUAUCGACAAAAAUCCUUUCUGAAGGCACAUGGAUGUGAACAAUUUCACCAGGUUUUGAGACUUCCGAAAGAAAGCGAAAAUGUGUGUCUUCAUUACUUGUAAAAAAAUAAUCUGGUCUUGACAAUCGGUCACAUGAUAAAUUUAAAUAUGUUCUCAGAAAGUUUUGAGUUGACUUUUUGAAAUUAUUAUCGUCUUUAAAUGACCAUUGUGUUCGAAUGUCUAAUGAACAUUUUGGUAU